AUCCUUUGUAAGGGAAGCCGUUGAUACACCUCUCUCGGUUAUCAGUGAGGACAAUACGGACACACAGUUCACGGCAUGUGCAGGGAGUAUAGGAACGUUGCUCGACUAGUCGCCGUGUGAUCUCAAUCACAUGCCUCAGAAGGGACUCCCUCGGCCAGAGAUAACGGCUGAGGAAGGUAAAGGCCGCUGGGGUGACAUCUGGAAUCUGCGAUAAAGAACCCGGUCUACGAAGGAAGCCCGCAAGAUACGCGACAGAGCGCAGCUAUGAGGAAGUCCACACCGUACGUAGACCUGAAAAAGUUUUGUUGAAGACGAGCGAAAUGCCAAGUGCGCAUGUUUUUUCGUCGUGAGCAUUUCAAAUGGACUACAACUGCGGAGAAACUUGGUGCCGUCCCUCGUAACGAAAGAUUGCUCCUCUUCACGCCUGUCAAUGUGGGACUAACGAGCGAACUGGAAACGUCACAGGGCCUUGCCCACGGGAAAGUCGUCACAGCUAGGUGUUUGCAAAUUUGAAGAAUUAUGCUAACUGCACAAUAAUCCAUCUUAUCAAGAUGGCCACAUGAUGUCUAGGCCGAGCUGAGUCAAAGGGAUAAACGCUGUGUCCAGUGCCGAUGUACCUCAUAUCCUUCCCUCGCUCACCUUGGCAUCACAUCCCUCCCACACAGAACGCAGUGAGAAUGCGCUUCUCGGUCAAGGCGGUUGCGAAGAAGAUCGCCAUAUGCUUCGCACUUCUUUAUUGCUUUUCCUGUCUGCGAGUGUUUCUUCCUCUGCCCAUUCAGCCGAUGGGGGUCGUGCAUUUGGCGCAGCUCGCCGUGCACUGGCAAAGGUUUCCGGUAGAAGGAGCAGACGACACAUUGUUAAACAAUAUAACUGUGCCCGUGUCUGUGAACGUUGAUGCUGUGUCCCAACAUCUCGAUCGGACGUGGGCGAGAACUAUGUAUUCAGAUACAGAUAAUAUUGAAAAGCAAUUUCAACCGUCCAUGACGACUGAACAACGUCUAAAAAUGCAUGUGACACUAGAAACAUUUCUUCAGGCUUGUGAAUGGGCAAACCUGACGUACUUUCUGAUAGGUGGGUCGCUGCUAGGCAUGUACCGUCACCAUGGAGUCAUUCCGUGGGAUGAUGAUACUGACAUUGCAAUGAAUGCAUCAGAAUGGAGAAAAAUCCGCCAUGUUUUAUCACGUGUCCCAGGAUAUGAACUAUAUGCCCCCAGCAACGUUCAGUGGAAGUUUUACAUGAAAAGCCUUGCACCUAUUGAAAAUAAACCUUUCAGAUGGCCGAAUGUGGAUAUUUUUUUCUACACAGAAGAUUCCACCUAUAUAUGGGGAUUAACAGCGGAUAUUAAAGGAGAAUUUUUUGUUAAAAAAACAGAUUUGUUUCCACUCCAAUACCGUCCAUUUGAGAACAGAAGAGCAGCAGUCCCUUGCAACACGCGGGAUAUCCUCAUCCGUAGGUAUGGUGACCUUGACCUUUGCGUUUCUCUGGCCUACGGACAUAAGACGAGCACCAGUGUGACGGACGUAAAGAAACGUCCCUGUAAGGAGCUCCAUAGUUCGUAUCCCUUUGUAUUCAGGAGCCCCGGCAGCCAUGGAGGUAUCGUGGAGACGUUGAAAGUUGGGCCUCACGUGGUUAAGAAUGUUACGCUUCCUGAUUUUUGUAGUUCAACGUUCCUAGGAUGAAACUGAAGAUCUCAUUAUCAAUUAUUCAAAAUUCCUGCCAUGGUUCCGUUUCCAGGGUAACUGGUACAGAUGGAGCAGAUCAAUGUGUAAUCACAUCUGGUGCACACAGUGAGAGUGUGAGAAUGUCCUAAUUAACGCUUCGUCAAAUUGAAACUCUCGUUUGCUGUUUGUCAAGGAGAUGGGUUUCUUUGAAGAGAUACCAAUUCAAGGUUAUGCGCUCGUUCUAAUUAAUAAUGUGCCUUUGAACAAAUGUAUAUCUCGCCAUGCGUGGUGGGGUUAGUUUAACACAUUAACAACUGAAUAUCAUGUUCGACUGUUAACCACAUCGCCUGUGCAUGUGUGAUUGGUGGACUUAACGCUUCCUCAAAUUCAAACAUUCAAAAGCUAUUUGUCAAAGUGUGGAGUUUCUCUGGAGAGAUCAGCCAAUUCAAGAAUAUGUGUUCUUCCGAAUCAAUAAUGUGCCUUUGAACAAGUGUAUGUCUCGGCGUAACCCUGUUUGUGGAAUGGUGUGUCCCGGUGAGCAGCGAUUUGAACCGUUCCGGGCUUCAGCUCUUGUCACUGCUGCAGUGCAAAGUCAAGACAAUGUAACAUUGUGAAAUGAAAGAAGGAAUUGCUGCUGUGUCAUGUUUGACUGUUAAACUCUAUCUAUUGUGCAUACGUGAUCGUAGAUUUAAUCAAGGGAACAACAGAGUAUCGUUUCGACUCUUGAACUCUGAAUAGGUGGUCGGCGGACCCAAUCAUGAGAAGGUUGACUGUCAUUUCGACUGUUGAACUCCAUCGCUUGCGCAAAUGUGUUGGAUUGAUUUUAUAACGGGAACAACUGAAAAUCAUUAUACUGUUAAACGCUUGUGCAUAUGUGAUGGGUGUGUGGACUUAUGUGGACAGUUGAAUAAUACGUUGUUCGCAACGCUGUGCAUACCGACGUCACAGUGUUGACGAGUGAGUGAGUGUAGGUAAAGUGAAUCCCCACACAACACUACCUCUCAUUGUUGAGCAGGGUUAGUUACUUGAAUGUAUCCAUGGGGAAAACGUGUGAAUUGGACUCAUUUUCUAUGCUUAUAUCACUGCCACGAUCUGAACUAUUGUGCUGUACAUUCCUGUGUUAUAUCCUGAAUGCCAAAUUCAAAACAGACGUGUUUGUUGACAAAAAUAUUCAUGCAUGGGGAAAGGUCUAACUUUUGGGGAACGUUAUGGGAAUAUCUGAAGCAUAUAGGCACCGCAUCGAUUUCAAGAACUCGCAAAAAGUAGAGCUUGCUUGAUGAUCGUAUAUUCCUAUUUUGGGGCGUGCAAUUCAGUGUAUUUCUCGUGCAGCACUAUCCAGUUCGUGAUAAAUUCAUUUGUUACGCUUCUUUUCACAACGUUCAACUAUUCUCGCAGUGUUGGAGCUUAUGAUCCCAGUUUCUUAAAGGUAUUUCUGGAACGGCUGAACUACGAGCUUCCAUUAUGAGAAGGACGAUAUUAAGUCGCGUCACCCUGAGUUGCAAGUCGCAAUUCAGUGUACAUAGUUUUGUUCCUUUAACCGCGGGUUCGAAUCUCGGUUUUUUAUAUAUUGUUAGAUGGUAUUUGAGGAUUAUAUCUUAACCCACGAGUUUCACCAAGUGGUAAACGUCAGCGUUACUGGAAUACUGCUCAAAGUGGUGAUAAACCCAACUCACCCUCUCAAUUCCAGCAUAACCCAAAUUGAGCAACUGUACAUCAACUUGGGGUGAUCAGAUGACCGCGGUGCGUUUCAAAUGAAUCACAUAUAGAGUGAUAAGUGACUCAACGAAGCGGAUCAUCGUUCAGUCCAACUUCGACAUAUCCUAUUGUUUAUGUGAUAGCAAGAUGAACUUAUCAUGCGGAUUUAUAUCAUGCCUAAUGUUAGUAUGUAUUUUCUGUUUCAUCAGUGACGUGGUGUGGACAGUUUUUGACAUUCUACCAUUUCCAUUAUGUGUUGUACAACUCACUCACUCAGCAAUAUUCCGGGUGGCAGUCUGUAUAGUUUCUUGACCAGACAUUCCAGUGAUUAACAUCAUAAGCAUCGGGCCACGCAAUAGGGAUUUGAUGAAAUGUAUCAUUUACGUCAGCGGAUCUAACAUCGUUGGUCGCCUCUAAUUACAAGCAAGUUCUUUGAGAGGCAUUUUAGAAGUUGUGAA